AUGUACAGAGUGAAGGCAGAGUUUACUGGUAAGUCCAUUGGACUACCGAUUUCGAAAUUCAUCCUCUCGAAAGGAAAAAGAGGCCUAAAUAUUGCGUCUGUGCUCCUGAAGGACGUCAAAGGUUCAAACAAUCCAACAUCCGCCGAAGAUUUGGCUAGCAGACCGGAUGCCAAUGCCACCACAAGAGCGGACUACUACGAAUAUGAGCGUCUUUUAAAGGAUUCGGUCAAGGAUUUCAAAGCUACAUGGUUAAAUGCCCUAGCUGAGCGUAAGACGCAAUUGGCACAAGGUAAAGUCAUUGAUUCCUAUGUGUAUAGUCACAUCAAAUCCACUGAUGUCAUCGAUAAGACAAGGAAAGACUCGUUCGCUUACGUUGUUCUGCCUUUCAGGGAAGAUCCAUUGAUCUCUGACUUCUAUGUUAAUGCAGCUGGGCGAUUAAGAAUGGGUCAGCUUUUUCAAGAUCUCGAUUCACUGGCUGGUAAGAUUGCAUACAAACACACCGCCCCGGUUGAGCCUAUGAUCGUCACAGCAUCCGUUGACCGAAUCUACCUGUUGAAGGCUUUAGACACUAUCGCUGACUAUAACAUCAUUAUUUCUGGUGCUGUGACUUAUACGGGUAGAUCCUCAAUGGAGAUUUCCAUCUCUGCAAGAGCUAUGCAACGUGAUAUUCCUAAGGAAAUUACCGAAGAGUCGCUCUCCGAGGAGGAUACUUUCAUGACAGCUUCAUUCACAUUUGUUGCCAGAAACCCUGAGACUCAUAAAUCAUUAGCUAUCAACAGACUUUUGCCAUUGAACGAGAAGGAAUGGAUGGACUUUAAACGUGCCGAAUCUCGUAUGUCCGCCAAAAAGAUGAAAGCUGCUAAUAUGGACCUAGAGAAAUAUCCGCCAACUAAAGCCGAGUCCUUGCUUCUUCAUCAAUUAUGGGCAGCCUCUAAAGAAUUGGCUAGUUUGAAGGAAAAACCAUCCAACAUUGUGUUUAUGAAAGACACAAAUGUUAAAUCUACUAUGUUCAUGCAACCUCAAUACAGAAACAGACACUCAUACAUGAUUUUUGGUGGUUACUUGAUGAGACAGACAUUCGAGUUAGCAUAUUGUUGUGCUGCUUCAUUCUCUCAUUCUUUGCCCAGAUUCGUUUCCUUGGAUUCUUUGACGUUCAACACACCCGUUCCCGUUGGUUCAGUGCUGCACAUGGACGCCACUGUCGUCUACACAGAACAUUUGCAUGAAUCUACGAGCAAGCCAAAGGUUGCUUCCGUGACGGAUCAAUCCAUCGAUGGUAAUACUGUCUUCCAUUUCCAACCAACCCCAGUCAAUGAGCUAUCUAUGCAUGAGAACGAUUUCCUGUCCAAACCCGGUACUCUGGUUCAAAUUAAAGUGGACACAAUGGUCCAACAAUUGGCUUCCGACAAAUUAAAGAAGUCUGGAUCUUUUAUAUAUUCUUUCUUCGCUCCAAGAGAUAAGGAUGACCAGCAUACAGCCGACCCAGGUUAUUGUACUGUCGUCCCUGAAUCCUACUCUGAGAUGAUAGAGUACAUUGAGGGUAGAAGACGUGCAAACGAUACCGCAAUGUACGCUAAAACCUUAAAGCAAACCCCCAAUUGA